ACAGAAUCACAAAGAGCUUGAAAUCCCUGGGUGAGCCCAGGGGAGGAUUGCAAAACCUGAGCUCACAAAUGGAGCAGGAUGGGGGAGGGUGUGGGAAGCAGUGCCAGCGUUCCCAGGAGUCCUUCCCUGGCAGGCGGCAGAGCAGAGGACUUGCAGAAGCUGCAGCUUCCUGCUGGACAUCCUAGCCCAGGACACAGAAGAAUCCCCAAAGCCUCAAUGCCAGCUGAAGGCUGCAAAGAUUUUGGUAUGCCCGCUGGGUUGAGCAGUUGGUAGCUGCGAGCUGAAGCACGGUCGCCAGCCUGCUGCGGCGCAGAGCAGGAUGCGGGUCACCAUGAGGAGGGCGCUGCUGGUGGUGGGCUCAGUGGUCGCCCUGAUGGUGACUCUGCACCUGGGCCAACAGGUUUUGGAGUGCCAGCAGGUCCUGAACGAGCGGAGGCACAGGCUGAUGAGACCCGAGAACGAGGAGCUGGUCAUGCUGGACUCCAACCGCGUCGAGUACCGCUACAGCAAGGAGAUGCCCCUGAUCUUCAUCGGGGGGGUCCCGCGCAGCGGCACGACGCUGAUGAGGGCCAUGCUGGACGCCCACCCCGAGGUGCGCUGCGGGGAGGAGACCCGCAUCAUCCCCCGCGUGCUGGCCAUGCGGCAGGCCUGGUCCAAGUCCGGGCGCGAGAAGAUGCGGCUGGACGAAGCCGGCGUCACCGACCAAGUGCUGGACGCCGCCAUGCAGGCCUUCAUCCUGGAGGUGAUCGCCAAGCACGGCGAGCCGGCCAGGUACCUGUGCAACAAGGACCCCUUCACGCUCAAGUCCUCCGUCUACCUGUCCAGGCUGUUCCCCAACUCCAAGUUCCUGCUGAUGGUGCGGGACGGCCGCGCCUCCGUGCACUCCAUGAUCACGCGCAAGGUGACCAUCGCGGGCUUCGACCUCAGCAGCUACCGCGACUGCCUCACCAAGUGGAACAAAGCCAUCGAGGUGAUGUACUCCCAGUGCCUGGAGGUCGGCAGGUCCCGCUGCCUGCCUGUCUACUACGAGCAGCUGGUGCUGCACCCCGAGCAGUCCAUGCAUGCCAUCAUGAAGUUCUUGGGCAUCUCCUGGAGCGAGGCCGUGCUGCACCACGAGGAGCUGAUAGGGAAGCCCGGCGGGGUGUCGCUCUCCAAGAUAGAGAGAUCAACAGACCAGGUCAUCAAGCCAGUGAACAUGGAGGCUUUAUCCAAAUGGAUUGGGCACAUCCCAGGGGAUGUGCUGCAGGACAUGGCCCACAUCGCGCCGAUGCUUGCCAGGCUGGGCUACGACCCCUAUGCCAACCCCCCCAACUAUGGGCACCCUGACCCCUUGGUUGUCAACAACACGCACAGAGUUUUAAAGGGGGAUUAUAAAACACCAGCCAACUUGAAAGGUCACCUGCAGGUGACUCAGAACACAUCAUCUUCUCACUAAGAAAAUUAAUGAUUUCCAGGAUGCUGCAAACGGCCCUUGCGUUGCCCAACGAAGAAGCGUUUGCAGCGGCACACCGGUGGGAAUCGGUUAUCCAAGCAUAUUGCUUGCUGAUACUAUUGCCAAAACGACUGCUCUACGAGGAACGGAUUUGCAUUUAUUUGCAAAGGCCCAAACGUUUCACGCCUUGGGACAGCCGCUGCCUGCCUUCCCCGGCCCUCCGCGGGGCUGGGAGGGGGACAGCGGCAGCAGUCUGCGCUCCGCGGGGCGAGGAGGGGGACAGCAGCGGCGGCAGUCUGCGCUCCGCGGGGCGAGGAGGGGGACAGCGGCGGCGGCAGUCUGCGCUCCGCGGGGCGAGGAGGGGGACAGCGGCGGCGGCAGUCUGUGCUCCGCGGGGCGAGGAGGGGACAGCGGCGGCGGCAGUCUGCGCUCCGCGGGGCGAGGAAGGGGACAGCGGCGGCGGCAGUCUGUGCUCCGCGGGGCGGGGAGGGGACAGCGGCGGCGGCAGUCUGCGCUCCGCGGGGCGGGGAGGGGACAGCGGCGGCGGCAGUCUGCGCUCCGCGGGGCGGGGAGGGGACAGCGGCGGCGGCAGUCUGUGCUCCGCGGGGCGAGGAGGGGGACAGCAGCGGCGGCAGUCUGCGCUCCGCGGGGCGAGGAGGGGGACAGCGGCGGCGGCAGUCUGUGCUCCGCGGGGCGGGGAGGGGACAGCGGCGGCGGCAGUCUGCGCUCCGCGGGGCGGGGAGGGGACAGCGGCGGCGGCAGUCUGUGCUCCGCGGGGCGGGGAGGGGACAGCGGCGGCGGCAGUCUGCGCUCCGCGGGGCGGGGAGGGGACAGCGGCGGCGGCAGUCUGCGCUCCGCGGGGCGGGGAGGGGACAGCGGCGGCGGCAGUCUGUGCUCCGCGGGGCGGGGAGGGGACAGCGGCGGCGGCGGCAGUCUGUGCUCCGCGGGGUGGUGAGAGGAGGCUUUCGUGCAGCGUGGCCCUGAGGACUCGUUCGAUCGCCCGUGAAGGACUCGCUCAGUGGCGUUUGUGUGUCUCCUAACGCUGCUCUCAUGUCGCGGCUCACACCUCGGCGCCCUGGGCUAUGGAGCUUUUGUCGUGCGAGUGAACCCCCCCUCCCCCCGCCUCUCCCUCCGUCCCCGAGACUUACAGAGGCUAUUGCAGAGUUAAUAUAUGAGCCCACCCCUGCCUCCUUCCCCUCCUGCACACCAUUAAAGUGUUGCUUUAGUAA